AUGGUACAGCAAAGGAUAAUCUUAGGAAGCAUUGCGGAAAAAUGGGACGAGCUCAGGAGCCAGGGUGUCCAGGUGACUAUCCACUGGAUCCCGGCCCACCAGGGAAUUGAGGGUAAUGAGCGAGCGGACAUAGCAGCAAAGGAGGCAACUGGAUGGAGAUUGGUGCAGAAUAAUAGAGGGAGACAGGUUCCAUUGGAUAUGAACAGCACAGCUCCAAGACUAGUUGGGCUCCAGCAACCUUUGUUAGCGCUCAAGAGAGACUUAAAGACCCUAGCUUAUAAACAGCCUCUAUCAUCUAUCCUAACACAGAUGCGGACAGGUAAUAUCAGCCUGCGGCAUUUCCUAUACAAAAGAAAGAUUCCGGGAAUCGACAACGGAGAAUGCCAGUGCCAACGUGGAGCACAAACAGUCACACAUAUCUUACUGAGCUGUCCCAGGUUCAAGGAGGAGCGUAAUGCGUAG